AUGACCCAUCCCAACCUGGUGCUCGAGGCAAACGUGUCUUCGCCGUGCGAGUUCGCGGACGUCGACUCCAGCGUGGCCGCGACGUUCCGCGGCCUCCCCUCCCCGCUGCCCUCCACGGUGACUCUCUUCGGCCGGGUCGAGUUCUCGUGCUUCGCGAACGAGACAAUCCAGGACUGGACCAUCACGCUCGGGUCGAACCUGGACCUUCGGCUGCCGAUCGGCGAGAACAUCGUCGUCACGGCAGCGGCGCCCACCUUCUCCUACCGGCACAGCACGCGGACGGUCUCGGUGGCGUCGGUGCUGCAGGCCGGCUCGGGCCCGCGCAUCGGAGUCGGCAUCUCGUUCGGGCUCGGGUCGACGAAGAGCGCCGUCGUCGAGGUGCACGUCCUGGACCCCAUCAACCUCUUUGAUCUCGCGCAGCAGACUGGCAUCGCUGGCAAGGGCUCGUUCGCGGGGCUGAGCCUGCCGCCGGGGCUCGAGCAGCUCGCGCAGACGCUGCUGGACGUAGGGCUCGAGCGCGGCGUCCUCCGCGUCUCGCUGUCGUCGGCGACGGUGCGUCGCCUGCGAGCGCGUGAGGCCAGGCGGUUGCUCGAGGAGGAGAACGCCCUGGAUGCGGACAAGACGGAGCUGCGGCGGCGACGCCUGCCGCCGCUGUUCCUUCCGCGGCCGAGCCGGCACCUGCAGGGCGGCGUCAAGGUCCAGGUGGUCUUCAGCGGCGUGGCCAAGGUGUUUGGCGCCAGCGUGCCGCUGAGCCUGGACCUCAAGAAGGACCCGGGCAAGCCGCUGAAGGCGCUGUUCAGCGUCGAGGCGGCAGAGAUCCUCACCACGCUGCCAGCCGGGGUCGGCGGGAUCUUCCAGCAGGUUCCCGGGAUGAACAACAUCCACCUCGGUAUGGCCACGGGGCCGGGGGAGUACACCAGGUGGGACUUCCGGGACCCCGGCGGGGCGGGGGAGAUCGUGAAGCUGGCGCGCGCGGCGCCGUUCAUCCUCACCGCGGCGCCGGACCUCACGACGGGCUUCAUGCAAGACGUCAUCCAAAAGACGGGUCGGUUCGGUGGCGCGAUCUCCGCGACCGCGGGGACGGUGGGGCUGCGCGCGAGCAUCUACAUCCAGGCGAGCUCGGAGAUCCAGAUCGAGAUCGGCGUCAGCAGCAACGUCGCGCUGGCGGGCAUCACGCUCAACAGCCUGUUCCUGAAGUUCGAGAUGUCGCUCACCAACCCCGCGCCGCAAAUCGGGUUCGGCGCCGACGUGUCGAUCCGUGCCAAGUCGUGGACGAACCCGAACGACUUCGUGGACCUGAACUUCGUCGCCAACCUGCGCUUCGAGCCCGCCACGCAGACGGUCCUCGGCAUGUUCACGAUGACGUCGGCGACGGGGUGGAACAACCCCAUGUGGCUCUCGAAGGAGCUCACGUUGAACACGCUGGGCAUCGAGAUGGGCAUCAGCGUGUCGACCGGCGUUCCGACCAUCUUCAAGGGCGUCGCGGACGCGCACUGGGGCGCGCAGGUGUACAGCGGGGCCCCCAUCGCGGCGCAGGUGUUCCUCGUCGUCGACCUGACCGACCCGGCCAACGGCGCCGGGUUCCGGUUCCGCCUGGAACGCUUCUCGCUCGAGCGCAUGGUCGUGCCGCUGUUCUCGACCUUCAACCUCCCGCCCCCGACUUCCCCGGCCGCGCUCGACUUCCUGCGUAUGUUCUACCUCGACAAGAUCCUGGUGGAGGUCAACCCGACGCCGCUGAGGGUCGUGUUCGCCAACGAGGGCGUCGAUCCGGGAAUCGCGUUGGCGUGCGAGGGCGUGACGUUCGGGGGCACGUACGCGGGGUCCGCGAAGUUCGCUUUGCAGCUGAAGAACCUAAAGCCCUACCUGGAGGCGCACCUCGACCUCGCGCCGCUGAACUUCGGCGACGCCCUGCAGCUGACGGGCACAAACGGCGGCGGGCCCGUGAUGGACAUCAAGAUCUUCGGCCUUGGCGAGGUGACCUUCACGCUGGACGGCAAGGCGCGGGUGUUUGACUCGGUGGCGACGAUCAAGGGGUCGAACACAGGGCUGACGAACUUCAACCUGAAGGGGUCGGUGUCGGUCGCGAGGAGGGCGCUGAGCCGCGAACUCGGCGAGCCGGAGACGGAGCUGCGCCUGCCGCGCACGGCGCGGGCCCUCAGGGCGAUGUAUGGGCGCGCACUGCAAAGCAGCAGCGACAUCGAGUUCGAGCUGGUGUCCGCUCUGAAGCCCCCGUCGACGCCAGGGUUCGAGUUUGACGUCAAGCUGCUCCUCGCGGGAAGCACACACGGCGGCGUGGUGCUGUCGAUGGCCACCAAGAUCGCCGACAAGGCCGUGGCGCAGUUCCAGGGGCUGGUCACGGCGGUGCGCGCGCAGGUCGACGCCGCGAUCGCGAACGCCAUCAAGCCGGCGACCGACGCCCUGAACGCCGCGAAGACGGCGCUGUACAACGCGCGGAGCUCGGCGGACGCGGCGAUCGCCGCCGCGCAGCACGAGGUGAACAAGCUGCAGGGCACGGUGAACUGGCACCAGAACAUGGCGAACUACCACUGGGGCCGGUGUCCCAAGUGGGGGUGCACGUGCUGGUACGACUGGGGCCAGUGGUGCACGUGCACCGACAUCUUCCACGGCGACUGCAUCGCGACCACGUACCACAACACCCAGCGCGAUGUGGUGCAGCUGCUCCUCAACGGCGCGAACGGCGCCCUCAACGCCGCGCGGGCCGCGACCCAGGGAGCUGUGGACCUCGCCGCGUCGGCGCUCAACGCUGCGCAGAACGAGCUCAACCGGAUCGCUGCGGCUACGUCGGCGUUCCUCGGCACCGUCCUGGACGCCGCGGCGGCGACGAUCAAGGUCUUCACGGACGCCCUCGUCGCGGGGGCCGGGGCGCUGGAGGGCCUGGUCCGCGUCAACCGGCUGUACACGCAGACCAAGCUCUCGUCCUCGGGGACGCUGUACUUGCCGCUGGAGAUCGACGCGGUGCUGUUCAACUCAAAAACGAUCAAGCACGCGAUCACGACGCGCCUCAACAUCGUGGACAUGGCCACGCAGGCGUUCGAGAAGCUCAAGGGCGAGUUCGAACAGUUCUUCCGCGGACGUAUCCCCGGAAUCCCCGCGACGUUCCGGCGCCGCCUGGCCGGGCGCGACGACGGGCCGCCUCUGGCGAUCGAGGACCACGUCGCAAACAUGCACGAGAUGCUCCGGCUGUCCGACUCGUCCUCGUCGCCUGAUGGCGAGAACUGGGCGGACGUGUGGCCCGGCAGCGAAGGGCUCCUCUCGCGCGCGCCGCGCCGGCGCAGGGAGCAGGUCGGCGACGCUCAGGCGGCCCAGGACGCCUUCUUUACCGCAGCCUCUGCGGGGAACAGCAGCUCCGUGAUCGACAGCGCCAUCAACGGCGUCGCGGACGCGCACGUGUUCUUCGGUGGGGGCGUCCCGGCCGACGCCGCUGCGAACGUGUCGACGGCCGCGACGCGCCGCCUCCAGGAGGUCGCGAACGCCCCGCGGAUGAACGUGCGCGUGGUCCUGGAGCUGACGCUCCCGAGCGGCUUCGGCCCCUUCGCCAACGUCACCACCGCGCUGGGCCUCUUCCGUCGAUCUCUGCUCGACGCCGGGGGCCCUGCGGUGGACAGGGUCUCGCCGGACGACGACGACGCGCCGGCGCACCGCAGGAUGAUGCAGGAGUUUGCCGACGCCGCGGGUGCGCACAUCCUCGCAGCCCUCACGGCGGGGCACGCCACGGGGAGCGCUGCGCCGGGCGGGUCGGCCGGGUGGAUGAGCGCGGAGACGAUGGCCGUGCGCGCCCGCAUGAUGCGCUGGAACGAGGUGCGGACGUCGACCUUCGGGCGCGUGUUCUUCCGCGUGGACCUGGAGGACGUCGUUGCGUCGGAAGUGGACCACGUCGUCGCCAUCCUCGAACAGUCGUCUACGAUCGGCGUCUUCGAGCGGGCGCUGGCGGAUGUUCUGCCGUCCGCGACGCUCACGGCGCAGGUGACGUCCCUCAGGGUCGUGGACCCAGCGAGGCGCGACGUGAUCGUCACCGAGGACUGCCCAAGCGCGGUCCUCUCGGAACCGCAGCGCAUCCUGUUCACCCAGACACCGGGACCGUGGGGCGCGUGCAACACAACGUGCGGCAGGGGGCUGCGGCACCGGGAGCUGCGCUGCUCGAUGCUGGUGUUCAACGACCAGACGCGCACCUACGACUCCCGCCCGUCGCCCGACGCGUCGAUGUGCGCGGGGCUCCCCGCCACGCUGCCGAGGUCCGAGCCGUGCGCCGGGCCGCCCUGCGAGGCCUUCCAGCUCCGCGUGUCGCCCCUAGCGUCCACGUGCUCCGCGUCGUGCGGUGGCGGCUCGCGCGCGCGCACGCGGUCAUGCAUCGCAUCUGUGUCCGGCGAACCGGCGCCCCUCGCUACGUGCGGCGUCGACGUCCCCGACGGCGUGCUCGUGGACCUGGUGACCGAGGCGUGCAACGAGGAGGCCUGCACUGAUCACGUGGUGCGCACGGGGCCCUGGUCGGCGUGCAGCGCGUCUUGCGGAGGCGGGGAGCAGCGCCGGGACGUGUGGUGCGAAGAUACGCUGACGGGCGCAAGGGUCGACGACGCGACGUGCGGCGGCGUGUCUGGACAGCUGGCGGUGAGCGCCGUGCGGCCUUGCAACGCCGCGCCGUGCGAGUCGCACUUCUGGUCGUCGGGGCCGUGGUCGGCGUGCUCUCAGAACUGCAGCAAGGCGGUGCCGCCGUCGCUCGGCGGCGGGCUGCUCCGCGGAGAGAGGUCGCGGAGCGUGUGGUGCGGCAGCACGUCCGGCGGUCGCGUCGCGGAAGAGUUGUGCGAUGCCGCCUUGCGCCCGCGGUCGCGCGAGGCCUGCAACACGCAGAUGUGCGACGGGUUCAGCAUCUGCGACAGCGUGGAGUGCAUGAACGGCGGCCAGUGCGAAGAGGACGCAAACACGCGCUCUGGAUGGAUCUGCAAGUGCCCGACCUCCGGGGGGAAGGCCACCCACAAGGGCACGUACUGCGAGACGCCCGCCUCGUGCAACGGCACACUCGUGCAGACCUUCGCGGGCUCGAUGACGUGCUGCCAGAGCGGCGUCUUCACGACCGCGGGGACGUGCUGCCCGGGGCCGAGCGCGGCGGUCGACUUCGCGGGCACGUGCUGUCAGACGGGCGAUUUGGACGCGUGCGGCGUUUGCUUCGGGUCCGGGCGAUCCGUCGACAGCCUGGGGACGUGCUGCACGGGCAAGCACGAGGACCGUGACGGGCGGUGCUGUCCGGGCGAGCUCGAGCUCGACGACUGCGGCGUCUGCGCGGGCCAGAACGAGGGAUGUUCUCACGUCGUGCCCCUGGAGUUCGACACACCCGCGACGCUCGCCGGGUCCGCUCUCGCCUCUGCAAUUGCCACGUGGGCCAGCACAGCUCUUGGCGUCGCGGAGUCCCGCAUCACGGUGCCCGUGCUGCCAGACGCAAGCGGCAGCAGCGUGCCGUGGAAGGCGACUGUCGUGGUCGCGCCGCCUCCGCGCGGGAGCGGGGUCGCCCCGCUCGUACAGGCCGACAUCGUCCGCGCGCUCUCCUCGGCUCCCACCAACGGCGCCUUCCAGCGCCGGUUCCUGUCCAUCUUUGGCGCGUUGCUCCACGUCGGCGACGAGUCGCAGCAGCCAACUCGGUACGCAGCGCUCACAAGUCCGAUCGAAGGAUACCUCACAGAGCCAACGCGGGCAGCGCGGGCCUCGAUCCGCGGAGACGGACUCAGCCUGCGCAGGUCGACCGCCGUCACGCUUGGCGUGGCGUCCCCGGCCGGCACCGCGCUGCCAACGUGCGGGAACGGCGUGUGCGACAUGCAAGCAGAGCGCAUGCGCAUCGGGCCUGCAGGGCCGUCGGGGGGCUGUCUCUGGGACCCGUCGUGGCCAGUCAACGAUCGCCUGGACUGCGAAGCCCCGAUCUACACGUGCAAGACAGCGUGGUUCGCCCCGGAGCGGCAGUGCGCGGGGACGGGGCGCUGCAUCGGCGUCGCAGCACUGACCGGGGUGCCAGACGGCGCGCCCGUGCAGAUGCGCCACGUCGCCGCCUGCGAGUGCCCCGAGCCGUACGCGGGGGAGGCUUGCGACGAAUGUGCGGUGGGGUUCGAUCCCGUCCCUGGGUCCGCGCAGGGCGGCGCACUGCUCUGCACGCCCUCGCCGGCCAAGCUGCUCGUGACCUCGAAGCCGGUCCUGCCCGUCGCCGAAUACACGGCCUUCGACGAGGCCGGCGGUGCGUUCACGGCGUCGCUGCUCGCCACGGUGCUCGUACUGCUGCCGGCGAUCGCCGUGGGCGCCCUGCUGACGGUGUCGCACCUGCGGAUGCGCGAGCUCAGGGCGCUGAUGGCCAGCUCCGCGGUCAAGCCCGAAGACGGCAGCGCCCGGCCCCCAGCGCCCGUGCUGGCGUGGUCGGGCCUGACAAUGGCGCCGCAGGAAGGCAUCUUGAUGCGGCUGUUGCGGCAUAUGGGCGUCGCUGAAGCAGCGCAGUCUCCGUUGACGGACGCGUGGGGCCGCGUGGAGAGCGGCACGCUUGCCGCGGUGAUGAGCUCGGAGCGGGGCGCGCGGGCGACUCUGCUGGAGGCGCUCGCGGGCCACGCAUCGGGCGUCGUGUCGGGAUCGCGCUUCUUGUUCUCACCGGGGCCUGCGCCGCUGAUCUAUCCGGAGAGCUGGCUGGCCAGCGGCGGCGCGGCACUCGUGACCGCGGAGGACCUGAGCAGCGGCGCUGCAGGCCGGCGCCUGCUAGACUCACAGUCGGUCACAGACACGUUGUGCCAGUACUGCGAGAUGGUGAUGUCUGCGUCCGCACCGCCAGCGCAGAAGGCGGCGCGCGUGAAGCGCGUCCUUGCGGAGACGCACCUCGCCGGCCACGCAGCCGCGAAGGUCGGGGAACUCUGCCCGGGCAACCGCAGGCUGCUGAGCGUCGCCAUUGCACUUCUCUCCUGCCCAGGCGUGCUCUUCCUCACGGAGCCGCUCGAGGGUCUCGACGCGGCCUCCGCGCUCGCAGUGUGCGUGGCGCUCAAGGGCAUCGCGUCGUCGGGCAAAGUGACCGUCCUGGCAUCCGUCGCACAGCCACGCACAGAUACCCUGGGCCUGUUCGACUCGUGCAUCGUCCUCGGGCCGCACAACACGACCGUCUUCGCUGGCCCGGUCGUCCGCGCCGUCGGUGGCGCCCGCGCGGUGCUGACGCGCGGAGCGCACGCGUCGGGACGCACCGCGGCGCUCAAGUUUGUGUCGCGCAACGUGAACGAUGCCGACCUGUUGAAGGACGCCGUCGGCGACGACGCGUUCCUCGGCGCGUGGGCGACGUACCCCGCGACGGUGUACGUGAAGCAGGCGGUGGCGGCGGAGGCCAACCUGAACAUGCGCGCGGCGCAGGCGCAGGGAUGGCACGAGCACAGCUGGUUUGGCAUGGUCGCUCGCUAUGUCGACAGGACGCGCACAGCGCGGACGUCGGUGGGUCCCGACGCCGGCGACGUCGAGAGCGUCUGCGAAUACGGCAGCGCCAGCGAGAGCGUCGCCGCGAUCGAAGCCCCCAUCGAGAGCAAGAGUCAAGACACGAAACGGCAGGCCGCCGGCGCAAAGGGCGCGGCGAGCCCGGGCGCCGUGCAGGCCAGGGCGGCAGUGUCUUGGACGCACUGCGAGGGCCGCUCUGCGCUGCGGAUCGUGGCGGUCAAGGUCGGGCGGUUCUGGCGGGGAACGUCGUGGACGGAGUUGCUGGCGACGCCCUCACGGCCGCGAGCAUCGGGUUCUUCCUCGGCGCCCUGUACUGGGAGCUCGGCAAUGCCAGCUCGCAGGACUUCGUGUACCGCGUGA